UAAAUAUUUUUUGUUGGUUAGGAUUUUGACAUUUUACUAUUUAUCUGUACAUUCCAGAAACGAUCGUUCCAAUAUUGAAUAUUGUUUGAGAAACUAGAAUUUUUUUGUCUAAACAAUAAAAGCAAAACGUUAUCAAUAUGUCGUAUAUGCUAGGGCAUUUACACAAUGGAUGGCAAGUAGAUCAAGCAAUUCUCAGCGAAGAUGAUCGUGUUGUAGUUAUACGUUUUGGUCACGAUUGGGAUCCAACAUGUAUGAAAAUGGACGAAGUGUUGUACAAUAUAGCCGAAAAAGUGAAAAAUUUCGCAGUGAUAUAUUUGGUAGAUAUUACAGAAGUACCAGACUUUAAUAAAAUGUACGAAUUGUACGAUCCUUGUACUGUUAUGUUCUUCUUCCGAAACAAACACAUUAUGAUUGAUUUGGGAACAGGUAAUAAUAAUAAAAUUAAUUGGCCGUUAGAAGAUAAACAAGAAAUGAUUGAUAUUAUUGAAACUGUGUAUCGAGGUGCUCGUAAGGGACGUGGUUUAGUAGUAUCACCAAAAGAUUAUUCAACAAAAUACAGAUACUAAUUUUUCAUUUGCAAAUUAUUAUUAUUCAU